GGAGGAGGAGGCGAUCUCCGCCCGCUCCUCCUGCCCCGCCGCUUGGGACCCUCUGCGGAUGGCAUGGCACGGCCGCCCCAGCCCGCCCUGGCCGAAGCCCGGCGCUGGAUCCAGCAAGUCACCGGGAAAACUUUCGGCGAUAAACAUUUUCGAUCAGGACUAGAAAAUGGCGUGCUGCUCUGUGAGUUGUUGAAUUCCAUAUUGCCCGGAUUGGUUGCAAAGAUCAACAGAUCGCCAACUCCCAUUGCAGGACUGGACAACAUUGCCUUGUUCUUGAGAGGCUGUAGGGAAGUGGGCCUGAAGGAAUCUCAGCUGUUUGACCCAGGAGACCUGCAGGAGUCUACAAGCCGAACAACAAUUAAGAAUCUUGACGGUAGCAGAAAGCUGAAAAACGUUUUAGUCACCAUCUAUUGGCUGGGGAAAACUGCAAACAACAGCACUCACUUUAACGGACCGCCACUGAACCUGAAAGAAUUCGAAGGAUUGUUAACCCAGAUGAGAAAGGACACGGAAGACGUCGAGAGUCCAAAGCGCAGCAUCCGCGACAGCGGCUACGUAGAUUGCUGGGAUUCGGAGCGUAGCGAUUCUCUCUCCCCGCCGCGUCACGGCAGAGAUGAUUCCUUCGACAGUCUGGAUUCCUUCGGGUCCCGGUCCCAGCAGACCCCUUCUCCAGAUGUGGUGCUGAGAGGGAGCAGCGAUGGAAGAGGAAGCGAUUCGGAGUCUGACCUACCGCAUCGAAAGCUGCCAGACGUGAAGAAGGAUGACAUGUCUGCCCGGCGAACAUCUUACAGCGAACCCAAAUCAGUCGUGCCUUUUAACCAAUACCUUCCCAAUAAAAGUAACCAGACUGCCUAUAUCCCAGCGCCACUCCGGAAGAAGAAAGCCGAACGAGAUGACUUCCGGAAGAGUUGGAGCACGAUGACCUCUCCGCUAGGAGGAGAAAGACCUUUCAGCAAACAGCAUCCUGAAACCAUAGAAGAAGAACCCCAGGUGCCACUCGAUGGGGACCUCGUGAGCAGCAGGACGACCAUUGCCUCCCCCUCCGCGAAGCCUGUGCAGACAGACAUGGGUCCAAAGAACCCUUGGCCUCAGUUUCUCACCUGUUCUGAUAACCAAACAACAGCUCCCCAAAACGAGGAAAAAGGUCCGGAGGAAAUCGGGAAGCUGAGAAGGUUGGAACAGGCUGGUAUUAAGGUCAGGCCAGCAGCUCACCGCUGUGGCGGCAGUCCAAAGCCCGCGGGUCGAGGGGAUGAGCUCACCCCGGACGUCAUCCUCCGCCAAGAAAACCCUUUUAUGUGGUGCUGUCCGCAAAACAAUACGGGCCCUGAAGAGGACGAAGACGGUAGAAUUCCCGACCUAGAGAAAGACGAUUUUGCCGUCCGGAGAGCGAGGCUCAACUGCCGCGAAGCUGCCUUGCCAUUUACUCACUUCCUCCUUCCUCCUUCUGCCAAGAAAGAUCGGAAUCGAAGGGAAGAAAGGAAGAUACGCACAAAAAAUCGGGAACGUCUCAGUGGGAAAAAGAUACCCAUGACUUCGGCCAAGCCAGAGACGCUGAGGGAAGAUCAACGAUCCUUGCAGGACGAAGGCAAAGCAAAAAUUCCUGAGACACAAAGUCAUGGCCUGGCUAAGAAACCAACCCACGUUAGCCCUUCUCAAGCAGGCUUUCUGAGUUGUGGGAAAGCGUCUAUCACCCCAAAAGAUAAAGAGAUCUGGGAUCGACUGAAAGUUUCAGGGGAAAUGAGCGAAAUAUCGUUGCCCGAUUCAGAUGGUUAUAAGUCAUCAGUCCGGGAUGUUUGCGCUGAUGCCCAGCGGCAAUGGUCCAGCGGUCUGAGUGAGUGGCAAGACAAUAGCGAAGAAGAAUCGGAUGACCGCUUCCCAGAUCUUGAAAGAGAUGAUAUGAUGGUUAGAAGAUUCGGGACUUUUCCUAAACCGAUUAGUCCUCUUAUCCCAGCUAACCGUUUAGCGACUUGUAAUGCUCCAUUGAAACGCCAAAGAAAUAUGGUUGGUCAGAGAGAGCCAAAUGUUCAGCCAAAAGCAGAAAAGCCAGAAAGCGUCCUCGCGACAGUUUCGGUGGGAGCCGAACAGUUUUGCGGGGAGAUCCCUCAAAGCCUCGCAACGCAGCCCGCGUACACACCGGAACACAUGAGACGUAGCGCGGCAGGUUUAGCACAAGAGGACGCACGUUCUGUUGUUGACAAGAAAAUAUCGGGGACCCGUGUAAUCCCACCAGAGAAGCAGAAACAUCUGGAAAUAAAUACCAUACAACUUGCCACCCUACAAGCUGACCCUUUGCAAAUAUCCGGCUGCAGAACCCCUGUGUCUGAUGAUACAGAGAGCGUAAGCAUGUUCGACAUGAGAUGCCCAGACGAGGGCACUGUCAAUCAACCUCACAGUAAAGAUCGCCAUGAAAAGUUUCAGAUCAUUCACAAUCAGCUGAAGGAAGACGAGGAUCAAUGGCAAGAUGAUUUAGCCCGGUGGAAAAACCGUCGGAGGAGCGCUUCUCAGGAUUUGCUGAAAAAGGAAGCCGAGAGGAAAAAGAUGGAGCAGUUACUCACUGGAGGAGAGGGAAGCAAUGAGAGACGGAAGAGCAUCAAGACGUACCGAGAGAUUGUGGAGGAGAAAGAGAAGCGUGAAAGAGAACUUCACGAAGCCUACAAGAAUGCCAGAUCUCAAGAAGAGGCAGAUAGGAUACUCCAGCAUUACAUCGAGAGGUUCACCAUUAGCGAAGCUGUCCUUGAACGCUUGGAGAUGCCAAAACUUUUGGAAAGAAGCCAUUCUGUUGAGCCAAAUUCAUCCUCCCCAUCCAAGGACCCUAACCCCCUCCGAUAUUUACGGCAGCAGUCACUCCCAGCCCCAAAAUUCACUGCCAAGUUUGAAGCCACCAUCAUCCCCACCAAUGGAUCAGAGGCCAGCACGUCCACCGGCUCCCCCUCCUCAAGCAGACCCUCAGGCUCCAUGGCUAUGCCUCUGAUGACGCCCAAGCCUUACUCCCAGCCGAAGGAUACCCAGGAGAUUUUGAGAAACUUCAAGGUGGAUGGAAAGAUCUCCGUGAACGGAGAAGCGAGCAACGGCGUGGAAGACGAGCCAGACAAGGACUGCUCAGCCUUUCUCUUUGAACCUUCCCCCAGCCUUUCCACCAAGUCUGACCGCGUGGUCGAAUCGCAGGGGGGAUCCACGGAAGGAAGCGCGGAUUCCGCCACUCCUGAGCCGGUUCAGAAGAGCUUAAUCGAACACGGUGUACAUAGAGAGCAACUUGACUCCUUCACGGAAGAAGCUGAACCAGCCCGCCGAAAAGAGAGAACUGAAUCGGAAGAAACGUUUCUGGGUCCAGACCACGCGGAAUCCAGCACGAUUUUCCUGUGCCAACCUCCUGGCGGCCAACGUGGAGAUAUCUGCCUUCCACAAUCAUUCCAACGAAAAGAGUCACAUCCUGAGCUGAAUUCAACUCAAGAGGCGAAAACCCUUGAAAGAGGAGAACAGAAGGAGAAAGACGCUUCGGUUAGCCAGAAGGUCCAGGUAGAUACCUUGCAGGCUCCGAAACGAAGUGAAGACCUACCUUCUUCUCUUCUGAAGAAGGUUCCGGAGACAAGCCAAGAGGUUUUGCAGGACGCUCCCCUACAAGAACAAAAUGCCGCCGCCGAGAACGGGGACACGUCAAACCGUUCGACCUGCUGGUCUUGGGAUCCAGAAGAGGAACGUCGGCGCCAGGAACGGUGGCAGCAGGAACAGGAACGUCUACUUCAGGAAAAGUAUCAGAAAGAGCAGGAGAAGUUGAAAAAAGAGUGGGAAAAGGCACAGAAGGAAGUUGAAGAAGAGGAACGCAAAUACUACGAAGAGGAACGCAAGAUUCUUGAAGAUACGGUGGUUCCGUUCAUGUUGGCUUCAGGCUCUACAGAACCCUUGUCUACGUCGUCUUCUCUGACCGAUGGCAACAGGACUAUGAAUUUGAUUGACCUAAGUUACUCGGAAGACGAUAAGAAGCCAAACGAAGAGGCAAAACUGAAGACGUUAUCCUGUGAACAAGAUGGCGCAAAAUACAAGGAGUACCAACCGCGAGAGGAGAACGCGAGCACUGUGAAUCAGGAAGAAUAUCUCGAAGGCCUGAAUUGGACACAGAAAGAGCAAAUCCCCAGCCCAGGAGACAGAUCACCCAAGAACAUGUCUCUGCCACUAUGCCCAGAUGUCCUGUGGAACCAACCACUACCAGCAGAACGGAGUCCUGGCAUUUCAGACAUCAGACAAAAAGAUUCACAGCCGGGGUAUAAUUUAAGCCAGCCGGUCAGUUCCCCAAAAGAAGUUAAGAGGCCAACUUCCCAAGGCAGCUCCAGAUCUGGCCCAUCGUCCCCACGUUCUCCCACCGUCCAAAGCCAAUCGUCUAACAGAUCCGUCAGUGGGAAGAAACUCUGUUCCAACUGUGGGCUCCCCCUCGGAAAAGGAGCCGCCAUGAUUAUCGAAAGCCUUGGUCUUUUUUUCCAUAUUCAGUGCUUCAGGUGCGGAAUUUGUAAGGGACAACUUGGAGACGCAGCAACCGGAACGGACGUCCGGAUCAAAAACGGCCUCCUCACCUGCAGUGAUUGUUACAUCAAAUCCAGAACUGCUGGCCAGCCAACCACUUUGUGACCCGGAUCUCAGUUCCGCGUAAGAUGUUCUCCAAGGAGGACCAUCAUCCUUUGAGUCUUGAGGCUGUUUGCCAUAAUGGCGUGUAAGAGCUCAAAUCCAUGGACUCCGUAGCUCUUGGACUCCCUCUCCAAGCUCGUGGGUCGAAAGGCUCAAACGCCUCUUUCUUCACGCGAUACAUCCUUUGAUUUCCUGCGUUCACUUACGUUACAUGUAUGAAGUCUGCGGCUGCACGGUUAAGCACUUUUCCCUCCCAGCAAAGCGCCUUCCAAAAUAUCGGUCGCGCUUGGUUUUUCAAACCCGAUAUUUUGAAAGGAACGAAGAGGCAAUAAAUGAUGUUUUCAUUUCCUAGAAGCGGAGAAUUUGAAGUUUUAACGCAAACUUAGCAGAUAUGCAGAUAUCUGCAAAACUUUGUAGAUACCCUCUAAUAUGCCAAUAUAUUACUUUCAUUAACUGAGUUCUCGGGAGGAGGUUGAGCAGCAUCAUAGAGAUCAACUUUUCCGUUUAUUACUAAAGAGGUAACUUUUUUAAUACAGACUAGUUUGAUAAAACACGUUGUAAUUCUUGAAACCUUUUACUAAAUAUUGCCUUCCGUGGAGGGUAAGGAUUCUCUCCAUAAAUUAUUUCCCCUUCAGUCACGCCGUCUCCGAAAACCUAAAACCGGGCUUCUUGUAGUAACAGAUCAUCUACAUAUAAUGUUGGCAUUUUCACAAAAACCAAUCCUAUAAACAUUCGGCGGUUCUCCCCAACUAUCUGACAGAUGGCACCUGGUUUGUUUGUUUUUUAAGCCGACUUUUGCUAACCGUUUCAGGCAGUGGUGGGUUCCUCCCGGUUCAGCCCGGUUCGGCCGAGCCGGUAGCGGUGACAAUAUGAUGUCACCGAAACGGUUCUCUUUGUUCAGGAGCUGGGCCCUCCCGCCCCGCCCGCAUUAUUCUUACCUUUUAUUUGGCCCCGCCCCAAUCUAUUCGCUGCCUCCCGAGUCCCAGCUGAUCGGCUAGAAGGAAAAAAACUGUUUAAACUCUUGCCGCGGGGUUUCAAAGGGCCGCCCUACAGCUGAUCAGUGUUAAAAGGCAGUGUGAUGGUAGACGGGACGCUCCAAAAACGAAUGAGUAGACCGGUGUCUCCAAAAACGAAUGAGUAGACUGGUGCCUCCAAAAACGAAUGAGUAGACCGGUGCCUCCAAAAACGAAUGAGUAGACCGGUGCCUCCAAAAACAAAUGAGUAGACCUGUGCCUCCAAAAACAAAUGAGUAGACUGGUACAGCUCUGCAAGCAGUUAAAAGCCUGGUAGACCAGUACCUCUGCUAAAUCCUAAAGAAUUGUCACAUGACCAUCAAACCAUGCCCACAAAAUAAGCCACGCCCACAGAACCGGUAGUAAAAAAAUUUAGAACCCACCCCUGGUUUCAGGUUUAAACUUAAGAUAAAACUCUGUGUUUCAUUUUUUUACCGGGGAAAAUAAAUAACAUUACCACGUCCCUUUUGCAGUUAUUCUACAAUGAGGUUGAAAUCUCAGUAACCAGUUUAAAGUGGUAGGGAAUAAUUUGAGGAGAUCUCCAAAAUUUCCGAUCCUUCUCUGCCAGUGGUGGUAUUCAGCCGGUUCGGGCGAAUUGGUGGUAAAAUUAUAUGAAACCCACCUCUGCUCUCCAGAGAAGUGGUGAGAGUGUAAAAUGGGCUCCCCUUGUAAUAAAUCUUAAAUCCACCUUAAGAGAAACCCUGAAUUCAGGGGUGAAAUGUUCCCGGAUCGGACCGGAUCGCACGAUCCAGUAGCGAUCUUGGCUGAUGGUUCAGCGAUGACACCGCCCGGGUGUUAUAACCAGAAAGUAAUGUGUUUUUUACCUUCUGCGCAUGCCAGUACAGAUAGUUCUCGACUUACAACCAUUCGCUGAGUGACCAUUUAGAGUUACGACGGCACUGAAAAAAGUGACUUAGGACCGUUUUUCACACUUAAUGUGUGAUUCACUGAACGAAUGAAUUGUUUCCUGCAAAAGCCCACUCCCCGUUCGUUCCUCUUUUGUUUCCUGUGGGAGGGGCCAAUCACCUCCAAGGUGUGGCUUUACUCCUGAGUCGACCCUGCUUUCUUAGUUGUUCUUGUCUUCUGGCAGCUCUGUGCAUGUGCACACUGGGAACAGGCUUCAGCUGUUCCUCUGCCUCACUGCUGUCUAGCUCCCUCUCUGCCUCCGACGCAGAGCCCUCAUCCGAGCUCUCCCCAGCCCCCAGGACUGGCCCAUGUUCCUCCCCAACCUCCUCACUGUCCGACUCUGCUGCCAGCUCCGCUGACCGUUGGCAGAUCACAACAUGUCUUAAUGUUCCAAAGGGAUGGCUGUGCGCUAUUUUGGGCCACAGGAAAAAUGGCUACUGGCAUUGCUUUGAUCAUCGCAACAGCUGUUAACAUCUGCUUUGUAAAAGAAAAAGGACAUUUUUGUGUCUGACUUAACACAGAUGUUUUUGUUUGCAAACCUUUACAUCUCUCGUUAAGUUGCUUUUUGGGAGGAUGUUUAACUUGGAAGUGGGGAAUACAGAUUAAUUGUAAUAAGUACAUAUUUUUGACAUCUGUACGGAUGGUGGUAAGGGAAUCGCUAGUCACCCCAGUGGUGUGCUUUGGGUUAAAUUGUGGUUUCUGUGUGUAUUUUCGCCACCCCUUUUGUGGCGAGACAUGAAGAACGAGGAAGUGGUACUUGUAGCUUUUGGAUUUGUGCAUGCGCAACCAUGAUUUUGUUUCCAGGAUACAAUGUAAAGAGAUUUGGCCAAGUUCUUUGAUCACAGUGGGCUUUUAUGUGGAUCUACACAACUUGGCACAACCCACUGCACACUUGGGUGUGUUUAAGCUCUUUAGAAAAUAUACAGAUCAGCACAUCUGGAAGGAGCAAAAAACAUGAUUUUGGGGGGCGUGAACAUGAUAUGUUCCUUGUUUUUAAAAAAACUUGGCCAAAGUUACAAAAACUUCGGCGUUCUUUUGUCUGUGAGGCUUACUCAGAAGUAAGUCCAUUAAUCACCUUGGGAUCUCUUCCCAAAUUCCCGAAGAAAGGAAGGCACCCAUUGAAGUCCUACCUGCGUUCAUUGAGAGCAAAAUAAUAAUCGGCGCUCACAGAUCGACCGACCCUUUUCAUGCCUUUUUAAUAAAAGAAACUAGAAGCGAAAAUGCCACCAUGAACGUAGCUGCCCGUUGCCUUCUUCAAGGUAAAUUAUGAGAUGGAGCCAGCCAGCUUUACCUGUAACAAAAUCUGAGUUACGGUAAUCAGUUAUGGAUCCAAGCUUCUGUUUGUGGAAUCCUUAAUGCUUUCUGAGCUGGCUGCUUUUCUUGCAGACGUUUCAUGACCCAACUAGGUUAUACCAUCCAUGGAAGGAGGGAGUGGGGUUUGGUGCAAGUAUCUAGAGCAGCAUCUGGAACUGAUGACGUGAUCUAAUUGAGUCAUGAAACGUCCACAAGGAAACCAAUCGGGGUGAAAUGCUGUCGGUUCAGACCAGUUUGCCCGAACCGGUAGUAAUAUAAUGCUACUGAUUCGCACGAACCGGUAUAUCCUAUCACCACCCACCCAACUCUGAGAGCACCCAACACUUCUCUGUUCAACCCUGAGCUACGCAUAUUCUUUUCUACAGAGCUUCUUUUAUUUCUCCAUAAUGACCGAUUAAUCACCAGCAUAGAUUAAAAUACCCCGGUUUUCCUUCAUAUUUUUAAUUUUUCAUGACUCUUAAGAAGUUCGCUCGCUCUUCAGGCCCCACUGAUUCUGGCUGAUGUGAAUGUGACCCAUAUAUUAUUUCAGUUGUUUUGAGGGGGUGGGGGGAAAUUAAGAGCAGUGUCAAGAAAGAAAAACAAUUCACUAUAUAGCGAGUUGAAAUAUUAAACACAUGUUUUUAAAGAGUGAUUUACAUGGCAAUAUUAUAAAUGUAACGGGGUGGUUUUUUUUUUAAGCGUUCCCAAAAACUGUAUGUAGCUUUCCGUUUCUUUCGAUGGCAGACAUAACCGUGUCAUAAUUAUUUUUAUAUCUACUUCAUUCUCAGCACUUCCUAGUGACCCAUUAUUCUUGUUAUUUAGAACUAAUUCUGUACCCAGUAUACUUGUUGAUAUGGCUGGUAAGCCAAAAUGGCUUCAGUUACGGACAGGAUCACCAAAGUCUCAAAAUACCAAUUAUUACACUAAUCUCUAUUAAUGAUAUUUAUUCUAAAAUGCUCUGGGAAGUAAGAAAAUUGUCUAAAAUGCAACUGCUUUUAUAGUAAAUGUUACAUUUAUAAAUAAACAUGGAUUAAAAUGGG